UCUGUGGCAGGGGGCGUGAGUGUCUCCUCCCAGUGUGUCUCAGCUGAUGCUAAGUAAACAAUCUCAGAGUCAGAGAUUCUUCAGACGCAGCUGAUGGUGGUAAUGCUCUUUAGAGUAUCCACUCCCACUCCGGUCUUUUAAUCUAGUUAAUCGUUGGGUGUGAUUUUAACAAUAACCAUGUCAGAAAACUCCGAAGCAGGCGUCGCUGACGGGGUCGUGGCGGCUGUAGUCGCCAAAUCUAGAAACAAAUCAGGGUCUUCCUCGUCUGUGGGUCCCGUGGUUGGUCUCGUGACUCCACACGUCCACGACCCCAACCACAACCACAACUAUCUCCACAGCCUCCACGACGAGGAUGACCUCGCCCUCCUCACAGACCAAGAGGCAGCUUACGAUGAACAUCAAGAGGUUCUCUUUGCUUCAUGUCAACUUUCAAGUAUUUAUGGGGAAGAUAGUGGAAUCACUUGGGGUAAAGCAAUGUUCCUGAUAGUCAAUGCAGCCCUAGGUGCAGGGCUUUUAAACUUUCCCAAAGCUUUUCAUGAAUCUGGUGGAAUUGUUAGCGGCAAUCUUAUCCAUAUUAUAUUCACCUCAUUUGCUCUUGGAUCUCUCAUCAUUAUUGCUAAAUGUUCUAAUGAACACAAUUGUAAAACGUAUCAAGAGCUGGUCCUCCACAUGUGUAGUCCAGGGUGGAGCAUGGUGACUUCUAUAUGUAUAUCCGUCUACUGCUUCAUUACGUGUAUUACCUUCAUCAUUAUAAUUGGCGAUCAAUUUGACAGAGUGUUUGCAUCAUUUGUAGGAAAGGAUUUCUGUCAUACAUGGUACUUAAACAGAAAGUUUACGAUGACAGCAUCAUCGUUGCUGCUCAUCUUUCCCUGCUGUUUCAAGAGGAUUGACGGACUUAGGUUUAUGAGCUAUGUUGGAGUCAUGUCAAUUUGGUAUUUGGUGGCAGUAAUAGUAGCUGAAUUCUAUACUGGUAGCUACAAAACAGGCCCUGUUGUCAUCUUCGAUGCUCAUUGGACACAGUUGUUUAAUGUAGUCCCAACAAUAUGUUUUGGAUACCAGUGUCAUGUAAGCAGCGUUCCUAUUUACUCUUGCGUGAAGGCCCAUGAUGCAACGUCAUUCAUUAAGGCAUGCAUUGCUGCAAUUGUGGCAUGCUUUCUUGUAUAUACUGUUUCUGCUAACUAUGGCUACCUAACAUUUGGAUCGCUGGUAAAUGGUGAUGUACUUCUAUCUUAUGAUGCAAGAAAACCUCAAGUUCUCAUUGGUGUCAUUCUUUUGGCCAUAAAAUCAUGGACAACCUACCCAAUCCUGCUGUUUUGCGUGAGGGAGGCAAUGGGAGAUCUUUAUAUCCAGCUGAGGUCACUGUCUCCAGCUGAAGCUGAUGCAACUGAAUCAGUACGUCGUAAGUUGCUUGCACUUCUCCUGUGGGGGAGUUCGAUGCUGAUGGCCAUUUUCGCACCAAAUCUCAAUGUUGUUGUGAAACUUCUUGGAAGUCUUGCAGCAUUCUUCAUUUUUGUGUUCCCAGGUAUGUGUUUGUUACAGUUUGUUUUGGUCAGAAAUGAAGUGAAUGGCUCUAGAAGAACUAUAAGAGAAGCUGGCCUAAUGCUUAUUGCAGCAGCAUACAUUGUGGUAGGUAUUUUUGCCUUUGGACUAGCAUUUGUUCUUGGUGUCGAACACAUUAUUCACCCAGAUAGUGUUAAGCCUUUGUGUAAAUAAUUAUGACCUUUUGUCAUAUUCAGUCCAGAAAAUAUUUAACCUCAUUUUGACUUCAAAUGUUAUUAUUUUAUACGUUCAUAUGAAAUAUAUUGUACAUGUUUUCUCAGUGAUAUCAAAAGUUUGAAAUCUCCAUCUGUAUUCAUACUGAGGUGAUGAUCUAGUGAGAUACAUACAUAAAUACACAUACACACAUAAAUAUAUAUAUUUUUUUAUUGUCACCUACA